CAUGUCUCUAGUGUUUGCGUGCUCGCGAUCGGUCAUUGUGCAAGCGGCAUCUUACAUAGAACGAACAGUUGCGCAGCCUGACCGAUCGCAGGUAAGGGACUGCCCGACUCUUUGAUGUCACUGUAAUGGCCGACAAGAAGCUGAAAGUGAUCAUUGCCGGAGCAGGCAUCGCGGGUCUUGCCACCGCGAUCGCCCUUCGAAAUCAUCCCCAGAUCGAAGUUGAAUUGUUCGACCAAGCGACGGAGUUGAAGGAGAUCGGAGCAAGCAUCGCGUUGAGUCCGAAUGGAUUGCGCACACUCGAGAGGUUGGGUGUGCACAAUGCGCUCGACGAUGACGUUGCGUUUCGUGGUCCAAAUGCUCAUCUUCCCAUGAUCUAUCGGCAUUGGAAGACGAAUGAGAUCGUCAGCUACGACACGUUUGUGGGGGUCAUCGAUCGACGACACCAGACUGCACGAUUCCACCGCGCUCACCUGCAUCAAGCCCUGCUGCAGCACGUACCGCCAGAGCUCGUACACGUCAAGAAGAAGGUCCAAAACGCAACAGUGGAACCUGAUUCAGUUACGGUCUUCUUCGCCGACGGAACGAGCGUCAAGGGGGAUAUCCUAGUUGGAGCAGACGGAAUCCACUCGAAAGUGCGCACGGCAUUCGUGCCCCAUCAUAAGUUGAAAUGGACGGGCCGUAUAAUUAUGAGGGCAACAUAUGAUGCUUCCCUUGUCGAAGGCGUACUGGACCUGCCGCCUGAUUCUACUCAUUGGUGGGGUCUUGACAAAUUCUUCUUCGCCUCUAAGCUUGGCAAGAAUCAGUUCACCAUCGUCGGAAGUUACGACCCUACUCUCAACUUUGGUCAUGAAUCGGAAGAGGUCAACUGGGAUGAUCAAGGCGACGUGAAUAUCCUCCGGGAAGCAUACAAGGACUGGAACCCUGUUGUACGCGCCCUAACACUCGCAACACCUUCCGUUCGUCUCUUUCCCAACUGGGCUGGCGAAGCACUGCCCACAUGGACCUUCGGGUCGCGCGUCACCCUUGUCGGUGACGCAGCUCAUACCCAUGGCGGAGCCUACGCUGCCGGUGGUUCUCUCGCAAUCGACGACGCCUACGCUCUUCUCCUCUCGUUCCUGCAUGUUUUGCCCGUUGACCACCAUCGGAGCUCGAAACCGUCCGUGGCGGAGAUUGAGAGGGUGUUGCGUCUGUACGAAGAGACGCGACGACCGCAUACAGAAAGGCUGUUGAAAGAUGUGCUGGGGAAUCCGCGGAAGGGCAGCAUCGCGAAGAGCGAUGAAGAGUUGAGGCAGAAGUUGCAGACUAGGCCGAGCACGACGUGGUUGAGCGAACAUGAUGUUGUGGCUGCAUUUGAGGAUGUGGUAAAGAAGGAACGUAGGCUCUGGGCCGAGGGAGACUCGGUUGUGAGGUUUUCCGUACAUUGAAGCAUUGAGCUCCAAUGAGCGCGAUAGAGAUAGCUUACAUUACUUGUUAGAAGACACCUACGAUUCCUUGCUAGACAAUGUUGACCCCUUAAACAGUGUUAUACGGGCGAGUGACCGCCACAUAUAGGCUCAUUUUUAACGCUAGCUACACGCGCACAUCAUCAUUGUCGGAAAUCCGAUCAUUAUUUCCCUUCAUCUUCCGUAGUAUCAGUAGUAGUAGCACGAGUAGUCUCCCCAAGAGGCUUGUGAACGAAGACCGUCCGCGACCAUCCAUCAUCAGCGAUUAUAGUUUCCUGCUCCAGACGGUAAUGCCCAAUCUUUGGAAGUAUCUUAGCCCA